AGGCUUCAGAUUACCCUCGCCUACAAAGCCAGACAUCAAAAUUUUUGCUUCUCCAAGGUGGACUCCAGCCCAGUUCCUCCAGUUCUUUCAAUCCAACUGCCUGCAAUGUCCUUGUUUCCUAAGUCAAACAUUCUUGGUGCCUCUGCUGCUGCUUCAAAUGUGUCAGACACCUCGUACGAUAUAACAGUGCAAAACCCCCCAGAGGAUGGAGUUACAGAUUUGGCGUUUUCCUCACAGGGCGAUUUUUUGUCUGUGUCGUCGUGGGAUUCAAAAGUGAGAGUCUAUGAGGUCUUUAGCAAUGGCACAACACAGGGCAAGGCCUUCUACCAGCACGAAGCCCCAGUGUUGACCACAAGAUGGACUGCCGAUGGCACCAAAAUCAUAAGUGGUUCCUGCGACAAAACAGUCAAACUAUAUGAUGUUGCCAGUGGCCUGGCCCAGCAAGUAGGGGCCCACGAUGCUCCAGUCAGUCAGGUCAGAUUUGUUCAGUGUGGUCCUUCGUUGACUCAAGUCAUUGCUUCAGCUUCGUGGGAUAAGACCUUAAAAUAUUGGGACUCAAGAUCACCCAGUCCUGUUUCUACAAUAAACCUACCUGAAAGGUGCUACACCAUGGAUUCCCAGAAGAAAUUGUUGGUGGUGGGAUGUGCAGACAGAAAAAUAUGUAUUAUAGACUUGAAUGAUCCCACCACCAUUUUCAGAGAGAUUUCCUCUCCUCUAAAAUACCAAACAAGAGUCAUUUCCUGCUUUAAUGAAGGCAAUGGUUAUGCUGUGGUUUCAAUUGAAGGUAGAUGUGCUAUAAGAUACCUUGAUCCUUCUGACUCCCAAAGAGAAUUCACAUUUAAAUGUCACAGAGAACAGGAUUCUCAGACUAAAAACACAAAGGUCUAUUCUGUAAAUGCUAUAUCUUUUCAUCCUGUCCAUGGAACCUUUUGCACUGGGGGCUCUGAUGGCUCAAUUAUCUUCUGGGAUAAAGACCAAAGACACAAACUAAAACAAAUGACCAAUCUAGGUUCUUCUGUUACUGCCACCACCUUCAAUUCUUCAGGCACAAUCUUUGCUUAUGCCUUGGGCUAUGAUUGGUCGAAGGGCUACACUUACAGUGCUGAAAACAACACCAAUGUGAUAAAACUACAUGCUGUUCAAGACGACGAAGCAAAACCGAAACAGGUUAAGAAAAAGUUUUGAUUAUCUACUAACACGUAUAAAUCACUCAUAAAUCAAACAUUAUUCAGAAUAGGAAUAUUUUUAUAUAGGAGAAGUGUUUUAAUAUAUGUUUAUUAACAAUUGACAAAUAAACACUGGCUUUCUAGACUUCAAUUUCCAAUUGACUGAUGAUAAAAUUUUUAAAUAUAACCAAUAAAUUUUAAUAUGCCUAAUUAA